UCGGCGGCGUAGACGGAGCUGCUGCGGCUGUGGCUGUGUAUGUGUCUACUGCUGGAGAACCGAGACGCAUCAGCAUCUUCAGAAGCAGCACUUUAAUGCGACACUGACGCAGCUCAUCUGGCAUCACCACAGACAGGUGAUGAAUGGGAGGAUCAGGCGUCAACACAGCGACUUCCACCUGAAAUAGCGAGAACCCCACCAUGGAGUACGAGACGAGGAAGCAUCUCUAAAAACUGCCCCCCGUAACCUGUGAUGAUUUCACCGUGCGUCACUGAGUCUUAGGAUCAGUUUGCCCGCGGAAGGACAGUCGUUCUUAGGAACUUGCUUUCUGGUUUACAAGAGCCGCCGACCAUGUCGAAGACUCUGAAGAAGAAGAAACACUGGUCCACCAAAGUGCAGGAGUGCGCCGUGUCGUGGGGGGGAACCGGGGAGCUGAUCACCGUGGUGGAGGUGCGGGGCGGCGCGGAGCUGGGAGAGUUCCCGCACCUCGGACACAUAGUUUCCGAGGCGUUGGUUUGUCUCAGCGGGAGGUUUCCCAGCGGCGGGGACGUGCUGCUGGAGGUGAACGGCACUCCGGUGAGCGGACUCACCAACAGGGACACACUGGCGGUCAUCCGACACUUCCAAGAGCCCAUCCGACUGAAGACCGUAAAACCAGGCAAGGUGUUGAAUACUGAUUUGCGUCACUACCUCAGUCUGCAGUUUCAGAAAGGCUCCCUGGACCACAAGCUGCAGCAGGUGAUCAGGGACAACCUGUACCUGCGUACCAUUCCCUGUACCACCCGUCAGCCCAGAGAGGGAGAGGUCCCUGGUGUGGACUAUAACUUCAUCAGCGUAGACGAGUUCCGUGAGCUGGAUGAAAGUGGACUGCUGCUGGAGAGCGGCACCUAUGACGGCAACUACUAUGGGACCCCCAAACCUCCAGCCGAGCCCAGCCCCGUGCAGCCAGACCUAGUGGACCAGGUUCUGUUUGACGAGGAGUUUGACACAGAGGUCCAGCGCAAACGCACAACCUCUGUCAGCAAAAUGGACAGAAAGGACAGCACGGCACCGGAGGAUGAAGACGAAGAGGAGAGGUCUCCGAUGGUCAACGGGCUGACAGACCACAAGGACAAGGCGGAGUGGAGGAAGACGGUGCCCAGCUACAACCAGUCGGCUGGAGCCAUGGACCUGCGUGUGUGGAACACACAGGACGAGAGUCAGGAGCCCCUGCCUAAAAACUGGGAAAUGGCCUACACAGAGACUGGGAUGGUGUAUUUUAUAGACCACUGGGAGUCCCGUCCCGUCCUGACAGGUGAGCUGCCCUACGGCUGGGAGAAGAUCGAGGACCCUCAGUAUGGAACCUACUUUGUCGACCACAUCAACCAGAAAACACAGUUUGAGAAUCCGGUGCUGGAAGCAAGAAGGAAGUUAAGUGUGGACACACCGACUGCAGUCCCACAGCCGACGGUUUCAGCAUCAGUCUCAGAAGAACCUGGUCCUGGAGCACGGGGCUUCACACGAGAUCCGUCCCAGCUGCAGGGCUCUAUCCUGAAGACGUCCCUCAGAAAAAGCCCCCAGGGCUUUGGGUUCACCAUCAUUGGAGGAGACCGACCUGACGAGUUCCUUCAGGUCAAAAACGUCCUUCCAGACGGGCCCGCUGCACACGACAACAAGAUCGCUUCAGGUGAUGUGAUUGUUGACAUCAACAACAACUGUGUGCUGGGGAAGACUCACGCUGACGUGGUGCAGAUGUUCCAGUCCAUACCCAUCAACCAGUACGUGGACAUGGUCCUGUGCCGCGGGUACCCGCUGCCCGAGGACUCCGGCAACAGCGAAGAGACCCUGGGAGGCCCCGGCACCUCCAAGGACCCUUCCCCUUCUCCUUCCAGCUCCACACCACAGGAGCCUCACUACACAGUCCCAGACGGAGGGACUCUGUCCAGGCAGACCACCGCCGUGGUCCCCAUGACCAACGGUGGACGUCACCACCACCAUCACCACCACCACCACGGUCCUCCACACCAACCCCUCCACCACCACCACCAUCACCACCUCCCUCACAUGCCUAACCAAGACGGCCCCGACCCGACCCUGCUGCACCCAGAGCUAGUGAGCGUACAGUUGGUGAAAGGCCCCGCAGGUUUUGGCUUCGCCAUCGCAGACUGUCCCCUGGGCCAGAAGGUGAAGAUGAUUCUCGACGCCCAGUGGUGUCGCGGCCUGUUGAAGGGCGACGUCAUCAAGGAGAUCAACAGGCAGAACGUCCAGACGUUGAGCCACUCCCAGGUGGUUGACAUCCUGAAGGACCUGCCGGUGGGCAGCGAGGUCAGCGUGUUGGUGCUGAGAGGAGGUCAGACAUCGCCUGUGAAAUCACUGAAACCGUGCACGGCUCCCGCGUCUCAGCCUGUCCCUCAGCCUCCGUCCCACUCGAGUUCCCACGCCCCGUCGCAGCCACAGCGACAGGAGAUGACCAACAGCACCGAGGCUCUCACUCCGCAGGAGUUCCCCGUCAAUCCUGCCCCCCCGCCCGCCGCCGCCCUGCCGCCAUCCAUCCUCCCCAAACCUGAUGCAUCUGAGCUCUACCUGAAAUCCAGGGCGCUGUUGGACAGUAAACCUCCCAACACCAAGGACCUGGACGUGUUCAUCAAGAGGAACCAGGAGUCAGGCUUCGGCUUCAGAGUCCUCGGAGGCGAGGGUCCGGAUCAGCCGGUCUACAUCGGGGCCAUCGUGCCUCUGGGAGCAGCUGAGAAAGACGGACGGCUGCGGGCGGGAGAUGAACUUCUUUGUAUUGACGGCGUUCCCGUCAAGGGCAAAUCCCACAAGCAGGUGUUGGAGCUGAUGACCAACGCUGCUCGCAACGGCCAGGUCAUGCUCACGGUCCGCAGGAAGCUGACCAACUCAGAUGGUGAUGAAGACGAGGAUAACGUCCAGCAGCCGCCAAAUGUAGCAUCGGCCCUGGUCAACAGCUCUCCCAAGAUGCCUAGUGCUGAGGUGCCAAGUGCGGUCCAGCACACACAGCCGUCGAGACCGGAGUCGUUCGACAUCACUCUACAGCGCAAAGACACCGAGGGCUUCGGUUUUGUCAUCCUGACCUCAAAGAAUAAGCCGCCCCCUGGAGUCAUACCUCACAAGAUCGGCCGCAUCAUCGAGGGCAGCCCCACGGACCGCCUGGGUCAGAUGAAGGUGGGAGACCGUAUCUCUGCCGUCAACGGUCGCUCCAUUAUGGAGCUGUCGCACAACGACAUCGUCCAGCUCAUCAAGGACGCCGGCAAUACUGUGACCCUCACUGUGGUGCCUGAAGAUGAGAGCGCUCCUCCAUCUGGAACCAAUUCAGCCAAGCAGAGCCCCUCGGUACAACACAGAGCGGUGGGCCAACAGCCUGCCAGUCAUCAGGAAAGGAAUGGUGACGGCGAGGUGAAGAACUCCAUUUCCCAGAAAGAAAUGGGCACACUCAUCACAUCUGGCCCCAAGCAGGGAUGUUUCGUGGUGGAGCUGGAGCGUAGCCAGCGUGGCUUCGGCUUCAGUCUGAGGGGAGCGAAAGAGUACAACAUGGGGUUGUUUAUCCUUCGACUGGCUGAGGACGGACCUGCUCUUAAGGACGGCAGAAUACACGUUGGAGAUCAGAUAGUGGAGAUUAACGGCGAGGCCACGCAGGGUAUCACACACACGCGGGCAAUCGAACUGAUCCAAGCAGGGGGCAAUAAAGUUCACCUUCUGCUCCGGCCGGGACAGGGCCUGGUCCCAGAUCCCAAUUCAAAGGACAAAGUAACCAUUCCAACCUCCAGCUUCUUCAAACCCUCGGUAUCUGAGGGCCAGUCAUCUGCAGCCUCUCCAUUUCCUGUCUCCCUCCCUACCUCUGAACUGUCCCCAUCUUCCCCCAAAGUGUUUUUCACUGAUGAAUUCUCUGGGGGGGACUCCAAGGUAUCUGGAGAUCACGGCAGGCGGGCUCACAGGUCACAGGGACAGCAGCUUCCUCACCAUGACCACAAGCACACCACCAGCCCCAGCAGUCAGACCAGGAAAACAGGUUGGGUUGACUCCAAGUCUGCUAGUCCCAAAAGAGCCACAGAAGGUUGGGUGGAUCCUGUGGAGCAUCCCAAGAGCUCCAAAAGAACAGAGCAAGGCCAUGGCGGAUCCUGGGAAGAAAUAAACAAGGAGCGGAAAACACAAGGACAGAGAGACCACUACUCCUCCAGCCCGAGGGACAACUCUCACAGGGAAGAGGACUCUGCUGGACCUUUGAGGAACAUGGAGGAACCUCAGAACCCCAGGCAUCCUGUCGGACAGCAGCCCAGCGUCCUAUGGGAGUACAAGGAGGAGGAUGCAGCAUACUGGCAGGAUAGAGGGACUGCAGACAGUGGAGACAAAGGUCGGUCGACUACUGAACGGCACGAUAACACCAGGAGAGAUGAGCCCGAGGUGGCAGCCCACAAAUCCCACUCCCAAAUGCACAGGGAGAAGGUGAGGCCAGAUGUUGAGAGUGGUGGCCUGAACCAAAGGAGUGGAAAAGAGAAGGAAUACUGGGAGAGCAGGCACCAUGGGACCACCGAUGAGCUGAAUAGAAAAGAGCCCAGGGGCUCCAGCAGUAGCAUUCAGGAGAGCAGCUGUAACGGGACGGCUACGAUCAACAGGAAGGCUCCCAUCAGCCCCGGCCCGUGGAAAGUUCCCAGUUCUUCUAAGAUCCAGUCCCACAUGGACCACACAUUUGCAGACGUCUGAAGACAAAUGUAAAGACAAAGCUGAGCCUCUGACAUGUGAACAUCCACAACUGAAGGAAUUCUUCUUCUUCUCCUCCUCGGACAAAGACAACACUGUGUAACCAGCAACAGAGCUUCUCAUCGCUUGUGAUUUCUUUUUUUUUUUCUACAUUGGCUUCUUCAUCAAACUGCAUACAGUAUGUACAGUAUGUGCUCGCAGCUACAUGAGAAUGAUUCUCUCUGGCCUUGUGUGUACCAGAUGGGUGACAGUUUUUUUUUAAGGUAGUCUACUCAGUGCCAUUCAGAGACUGCGGGAACAACGCUGCUCCAUGUUUCACUCACUGUGACACUGGACGGACCGCUCCUCCUGUCCGCCCACUUCGAUGAAGGAUCUGACCCCACCCCCCUCCGCCCCCUCACUCCACUGAAGGUUUAAGGUACAUUCCUACAAUCACUAAAAUCAUCUGGCAAAAUCUGACACGUCUUCUGACUAAUUUACCGUCUCUUCUCAUUGAGUCAGACUCAGUUUAUAAGGUGUGUGUGUGUGUGUUUCUAUGUGUGACUGCAAUUUAACACUCACUCACGGGUCACCUGAUGGAGUGACACCGCCCAGAAGAUAGAAAUGCACCAGACACUUGUGUUUGUAGCUGUAGUGUUUGUCACCUCUGUGAUAAUCGUGGAGCAAAAUGUAAUUUAUUGAAAUUAUAUGUAAACAAAACUUUGUGCCCCAACUGUCAGGUCACAUCAAAUGUGAGUUAAAAAAAAAGUCUAAAUGACCAUCACCGUGCAAAACCAUGACACUGCAAAUCUAUGCAUUCUAUUUCUUUGUCUUUGUAACAGUCACAUGAGCCUAAUCCAUAAUGUCGUCGACUGUUAGCAUUGCUAUAUUUAAUAGUUUCUAGCUGUUUGUGUGUGUGUGUGUACGUGUGUGUGUGUAUGUCGACAAGACGUCUGCUAGACCAGUAUAUUUUUGAUAUUGCUGUAGCAUCUACUAUAAUCAAAAGCAUAUUAUUUAACAAAAUGACUACAUAUAUAUUCACACAUAAUUUAGUGGAGUUGAACUAAACCGACUCGCUUGUAAAAAGUAAAAACUUUGCCUUCAUCGUAACUGAACCAAUGUAGAGGGAUAUCCAGAUAUCCAUAUUUUUAUGACCAUAAAUGUAGGCACAACUUUCUUUUCUCAUUCUAACCUUCAAAUCUAUUUUUGAGCUCUUUUUUUUAAUUUAAAACAUGACCAUUAAUGUGAGAAAAAUGAAGGCAAUGUGGCUUCAAAAGAACAGUUAAUUUCCCAAACAUGAAGGGACGGAAAUGGUUGAGCGAAAAAAAAUGACAGGAAAGUUUUAUUGGAAAAUGCUGAUAGGAUGUUUAUCAGAUUUAAUUAAAUGGGGUUUGUGGAGUCUCACAACAGAGCAUAUUUGUAUUUAUUUGAAUCACCUGAAGAUUAACUAGUGUCGCUAAAGUUGAGUACAGAGACAUCUAGUGGUUCACUGACAUAACAUCAACAUGCUUGUGAAAGGAGGCGCAAAGGAAUCUCCUGCAGCUCCUGGUCUGUGAGGACACGUACUAAUUUAUUGAUCUCUUUAUUCAUGAAGGAUUAUUUACUGUUCAUGUAUGUGUGCCCAAGUAUGAUGCUGUGGCCUCGCGUUGCCCCAAUUAUGAUAAAAAAGAAAAAAAAAUCUCUUAACAUCACGGUCGUUGUAAAUGUUUAUAAAUUGUACAGCACCUGUAAAGAUAUUUACCUUCAUGCAAAAAAAAAAUCCUCCUGUAAAUGGUUUCAUUAUUUUUAUAAGGGAACAGAGAUGAUAAAAUGGGUGAAAAUAUAUAAUAAAAUAUAAAUAUGGUCAUGGCAUUCUGUUCAUGCACUGAUAAAUAAAGGUUUACUGAAUAAAGACCAA